CUCAGUGAUCGAUUUUGGGCUGUGUAGUUCUUGACUCAUUACUCAGACGACGUCACACUGUGCAAAAUGACCUCAGGAUUGCAGUGUUGUUUAUAGCUGUCAGGCACUGUAUUAACAACCAAAUAACAGUGCACUGGCACAUGGAGGCUGUAUAUAUAGCAGACCUGCGCUGACUUCAGGUAACGUACCUUGUAGCUGUCAUAGCUCUUGUAUUUGCUACCGUUCGUUGCCCUAUCGUUGAAGCUAUGUCAGACGUCGAAGGUAGCUGCGCGUGUGGUGCCAUCACGCUUCGUGUAGUAGAUGGGUUCGGCGAGAAUGCAAAGGCUGUCAUAUGCCAUUGUACAGACUGCCAGAAGGCUGCCGGAAGCCUGUGCAGCUACUGGGCGCCGGUGCUCAUAGAGAAACUGAAAAUUGUGAAGGGACAACCGAAGACGUACCGAAGUCCAGAAGGGCGAAGUAUGUCGGGGAAACCAGUGCAGCGCAUUUUUUGCGGUGACUGUGGGACGCCAUUGUAUGCCUACCCCGAGGGCAGCGUGUCAGGGAAAUUCUGUGUGCUGUUGGCGUUGUUCGAUAACAACCUGGAGCUAGGCGUAGAAAUAUUCUGGAGGAGUGCGAAAGGUGAGAUUCCACCAUUUGACAGACGUAACGUACAAGACGCUAUCUCACUAUUUCAGCAUGGGAAAGCCGCUUGUACCAUCUGAGUGCUUACACCAGCUCUCGCCUUUCUCGUAGAGACUGUAGGGAAGA